ACCCAGCUAGCCAAGCCAGAGCACAGCUACCUCCAGCUAGCGGAGGCAAAGCCAGCGUGCCCGGAGCCCCGCGGCGGCGCCAGGGGAGCCAUGGCCGAGAGGAAAGGCUCAGCGGGGAAGCAGGGGGACGACGAGGAGGUGCCGGCCUUUUUCAAAAACCUGGGCUCGGGCAGCCCCAAGCCCCGGCAGAAAUUCUGCGGCAUGUUCUGCCCCGUGGAAGGCUCGUCCGAGAACAAGACCAUCGACUUCGACUCGCUGUCCGUGGGCCGGGGCUCGGGCCAGGUGGUGGCCCAGCAGCGGGACGUGGCCCACCUGGGCUCCGACGGGCAGCCCCCUUACUCCCGCCACGGCCCCGGCCGCCAGCCAUCUGUUGAAUCGGCCGGGAGGAAGGUGGAGAUCCGGAGGGCCACGGGCAAGGAAGCCCUGCAGAACAUCUGCGACCAGAGUGAUCGACUUUUGAUCAAGGGUGGCAAGAUCGUGAAUGAUGACCAGUCCUUCUAUGCAGAUAUUUAUAUGGAAGAUGGGUUGAUAAAGCAAAUAGGCGAGAACCUGAUUGUGCCCGGGGGCGUGAAGACCAUCGAAGCCCAUUCCCGGAUGGUGGUGCCCGGUGGGAUCGACGUGCACACCCGUUUCCAGAUGCCAGACCAGGGGAUGACCUCUGCUGAUGACUUCUUCCAGGGGACCAAGGCCUCCCUGGCAGGAGGGACCACAAUGAUCAUUGAUCAUGUUGUUCCUGAACCCGGGACCAGCCUGCUGACGGCCUUUGACCAGUGGAGGGAAUGGGCAGAUAGCAAAUCUUGCUGUGACUACUCACUGCACGUGGACAUCACAGAAUGGCAUAAAGGGAUCCAGGAGGAGAUGGAAACCCUGGUGAAGGACCAUGGCGUGAACUCCUUCUUAGUGUACAUGGCCUUCAAAGAUCGCUUCCAGCUCACAGAUUCUCAGAUCUACGAAGUCCUGAGCGUGAUCCGGGACAUCGGCGCCAUCGCCCAGGUCCAUGCUGAAAAUGGCGACAUCAUCGCAGAGGAGCAGCAGAGGAUCCUGGACCUGGGAAUCACUGGCCCUGAGGGACAUGUCCUGAGCCGGCCUGAAGAGGUGGAGGCCGAGGCUGUGAACCGGGCGAUCACCAUCGCCAACCAGACCAACUGCCCGCUGUACGUCACGAAGGUGAUGAGCAAAAGUGCCGCUGAGGUCAUCGCCCAGGCCCGGAAGAAGGGCACCGUGGUGUACGGGGAGCCCAUCACGGCCAGCUUGGGGACGGACGGAUCUCACUACUGGAGCAAGAACUGGGCUAAGGCAGCGGCCUUCGUCGCCUCUCCACCUCUGAGCCCUGACCCGACCACCCCCGACUUCCUCAACUCCUUGCUCUCAUGUGGCGAUCUCCAGGUCACUGGCAGUGCCCACUGUACCUUCAACACUGCGCAGAAGGCUGUGGGCAAGGACAACUUCACCCUGAUUCCCGAGGGCACCAAUGGAACUGAGGAGAGGAUGUCCGUCAUCUGGGAUAAGGCUGUGGUGACUGGAAAGAUGGAUGAGAACCAGUUUGUGGCCGUGACCAGCACCAAUGCCGCCAAGAUUUUCAAUCUGUAUCCCCGGAAGGGCCGUAUUGCCGUGGGCUCUGAUGCUGACCUGGUCAUCUGGGACCCUGAUAGUGUCAAGACCAUCUCAGCCAAGACUCAUAACAUUUCUCUUGAGUACAACAUCUUCGAGGGCAUGGAAUGCCGAGGCUCCCCACUGGUGGUCAUCAGCCAGGGGAAGAUCGUCUUGGAGGAUGGCAACCUCCACGUGACUGAGGGAUCGGGCCGCUACAUCCCCCGCAAACCUUUCCCCGACUUCGUGUACAAGCGCAUCAAGGCCCGGAGCCGGUUGGCAGAGCUGAGGGGUGUUCCCCGGGGCCUCUACGACGGGCCGGUGUGCGAAGUGUCCGUGACGCCCAAGACCGUGACUCCGGCCUCCUCCGCCAAGACUUCUCCUGCCAAACAGCAGGCCCCACCCGUCCGGAACCUGCACCAGUCUGGAUUCAGCUUGUCCGGUGCCCAGAUCGAUGACAACAUCCCUCGCCGUACCACCCAGCGCAUCGUGGCUCCCCCGGGCGGCCGCGCCAACAUCACCAGCUUGGGCUAGAGCCCCCCAGUCGUGGAGCAGCAGUAGCAGACUGGGCAAGGGGGGUGAGGGGUGGGGCACCUGAGGACAUUGGGUUUUGUUUAUUAUUAUUAUUAUUAUUUUUUAGAGCCUGUGAUAGUUACUGUGGGGCAGUCAGUCCAUGGGGCUUACUUCUGGGCCCCACACUCAGUCCUCCUUAACCCUGAUGUUACCGAUUUUGCUCACCCAUGUUUAUCCACUUCUGAUAGCAUUACAUACAUGUUCACACACUGACUCCAGAGACAGAAUGUGACCUGACACCACAAGGAUGCAAAACAAAAAGCUGGAACCACUCCCUGCAACAGAGAGAGUGGUUUUCAUCCAGGAUCCCUGUUGUUCUCACGAACAGUUUUCUUUUCCUAAGGGAGGGAUGAAGUGAAUUCCCUGAGAGCUGCCUUUUUUUCCUCCCCAGAAGGAGGAAGGGGGGGAGUCGCAGAAAGUGGUUAAAAUGUGAUGUUGGAAGACCCAAUCAAAUACUAACUUGGGUUCAGAAUGUCCACGAGUUGAGAAAGUGUUUGACAGUUGAGUGAAGUUGGUAGACCAGCAGUCCCCCGCCCAGAUGGCUCCAGACCAUGUCUGUUGACAUUGGGACCUUUCAGUCUGGCUCAGCUCCUGACAGGAUGCCUCAUGUGAUUUCUCUUUGUUCUGGAUUUGGCUCCAAUGUGUAUCCUUUGAGGUUCCUCUCUCUCUCCUCUCUUUAAAAUUCUCUGGCUUUUUGUUUUGUUUUACAGAACAUUUUCAGUUGCUCCUCUCUCAUUGGCUUCUGAGAGACAGCAUGGCAUAGUGGGGAUAGCACUGGAUCUUAUAACAGAGGACUGGGUUCAAAUCCCACCUCUGGCCAUUAUUACUUAACUUAUUUGUCCCUCGGUUUCUUGUGUAACUUGGAGGUAUUGGAUUUGGGAGCCUCGAAGGCCCUUUCCAGGGCCCAGUAGAUGAAACGAUGGGUCUUGGUUUUAGACAACAUUUUUCUCCCUGUCCCAGCUGCCUCUCCCUAUCAAUAGCCCCUUGGCUUUUCCAUUGUUGCCAUAGCUACCCGGCCCAGGGGAAACAAGGUGCUGUCCCAUCACUCUGAGUGCUGAGUUGGCUCAUGUUGUGCAGGUUGUCACCGAGGAACCCAUGGCAGCCAUUGGUGUCUGACUCAGUGUUUUCCAGGAGCAGGGAUGGGUCAGACUGAGCUGUGAGAGGUUGAGAGUCGGUGCUUUUGGAAAGUGGGUUUUUCCCUGGGCAAAACGGGCACCCAACUGCUGCCCAAGGUCUCAUGAGCACCCUAUAUGAUUGGAUGGGCUAACUCAUCCCAGGGCCAGCCACCAGAAGAGAACAGCUGGAGGAAUUGGAGGCUGGUUCGAUAGCAUCCUCCGAGCCCCUUUUAAUUUGACCUGGAGGAUUCUUUGGAGGAGUUAAAGACCCACUGGGAACUGGCUCCAGCAGAACAUCCUGGUGCCCACGAUUUUACCUUGUGGAAGCCAACUUGGUGGGAAAACAAUGCCUAGAGGCCUUAGAAACACACACACCUACACAAAAUCUCUGAGAAUUCUGACACAGGGAAGUCUCUUAUUUGGCAAAAUGGAGGAGCCACGCUUUUAUUUCUUUUUUUUCAAACAAAGGGCACUUCAUUGCAUGUUGACAUUUGCAAACAACACAACAUUGGUGGGAAAUGUCUGGCAAACUUACUUUUUAUGGGCCAUGCUUGAGCCUAUGGGUCACCUCACCUUAAAACUGCCUAGAGUCUUGGUAUCUUGGAGUAGUUUCCAUUAGCUGAAUCCUCUGCCCUCCCCUCAGUUUCCAAUGUUACCCUGAUAAGUGUGACAUUUAUUUCUCUGUGUGUCGACAGGUUUUUCUUAACGGUAUCUGUAGGUUCUUUAAAAAACCUCAAUAUAAAGAGAUCUGCUUUGUUCAAAUAUAAGCAGUAAGUCCUUGGUAGCCAGUCCCUUCAUCUGUCCAGACAUAUAGAUUUGGGGUUGUUUUUAUUGUUUAUUUUUCUAUUUUUUUAAAGUUAAAAAAAGCACUUUAAAAAAAUAAUUGGUUAAUUUAAAAUAUUUUCUAGUUCCUCCCCCCCUCCAACCGUUGUUCUUCUAUCACCUGCAUUUGAAGGAAAUUGGAACAAGGUGGAGAAAGCCCCAGUCUUAUUUCCAUUCUCAGCCGUGUCGGCAGCCUCUCACCAUUCACUUUCAUCUUCCCUUUUUUUCUCCUAUUUCUGACAGUUUCAGUUCUUUUGGUUGUUCUAAAAGAUAAAAAGCUCACAAAUAAGCAAGCAAAAGAAAAAAAAAACCCUAACGAUGUUUGCAGGCUAUGUAAGCAUGUCUCCCCAUUGGCUCGCUUUUUGUGUCUGUUUAAUGAAUGUCCUAUGUAAAUGCUAAGAGAAUUGACAAUGAUUUGGAACGGACUAACUGCAGUGACUUGAUGCUCUAAGAUGUUUGUAGGAUUGCGGACUAGUUGGAUUUUAACCUUUGGAUUUGUGAUUGUGAACCAUGAGUGAAGGAGCUGUAAGUGCUAAAGCUGAUCAUGUGUGUAGACAAACAGUGCUUUUUUUUCCUUUCUUUUUUUUACCACUGUCUUAAUGGCAAAAUAAUUAUGGUAAAAAAAAGUUGUGUUUAUUAUUCCUUAAGAACUCUGUGUAAUAUUACCAUGGAAACGCCUAAUAAAGACAAAUGUUGUUGUUUCA